GGUGUGCGCGGGGCGCGGACUUCGGCAUUUACCAGACUACCGUCUACGCCUCUGAACACUUGGUUGUGUAUGUUGUAUAUGUUGAUACCUGUCACCGCUUGUAAGGUUAGCUGUCCACCCGCGGAGGUCAGGCAUCUCCCCCAGCGUCGUUUUUCGAGAACCGCGCGCGAGGAUGUCCUGUUUCGAGAAUAUGCAGGUGCCGUCCUGCGUCUGGUUCGAGGGCGGCGAGAAGAGGAACGCGCUCAUCUCGAUGCUCGCGGGCACGCUGUUCUUCGUAGGAUGGUGGUUUAUAAUAGACGCUCAUGCUAAAUAUCCGAAUGAGAUGGCGAAUGCGUACCAUGUUUGCGGCGUGUUCGGCACCAUAUCACUCUUUAUGGUCAAUUCAGUGACAAAUGCACAGAUAAGAGGAGAGGCUUACAACGGCGGCUGUUUAGGGGCAAGAGGUGCUCGGAGUUGGCUGUUUGUCGGGUUUGUUAUGGGAUUUGCAGCCGUAAUAGCGGCCUGUUGGAUCUUGUUUGCUAACUUCGUAGCAGCAGGCGCACCGCAUCAUUGGCCAGGGGUAGGAUUGUUCCUGCAGAAUGUGUUUAUUUUCCUGGGUUCGCUCACGUAUAAGUUUGGUCGAUCUGAGGAUCAGUGGGGUUAAUAAAAUGUGCGGCUGUUGGUGGAAGAUUAUUUUUAUUACCGCAUAGUCAAGUCAAGCACCGAGCGAAACUCGACUGAGGAAGCUUGCGACGUCUACGUACCCUGUAUCGCGAGCGCGAAUUCCAAUUCAGAUCACAGCAAAUUAUUCUUAUUACCUAUAAAUGUUUCCGUACAUACGUGACAAUUCUUAUUUAUGUCCACUGAAAUCGUGGAGACAGAUAGCAAUUACAAGUUAUAAAUUAUGCAUAUAUAUAUAUGUAUAUACAUAUAUGUAUGAGAUUUACUGUAAAAGUAAGGAGAUUUAGAUUAUCGACUUUUGUGUGAUAGAAUUAUACGCUACUUACGCUGUACGCUAAUAAUUUUAAAACGUAUCGGUAACUUUUUCGAUCUGUGCGUUUCAUCAAAUUCCAUAUUCAUACAAUACACCUUUCUCAUAGUUUCGUUGGUAUCUUAUAUUUGAUACUUUUACAAGAAAGAUGAUCACAAGUGUCUGAUAUUAAAGUUAAAUAAAUGAACCAUGUUCCAAGGAA